GGUAGAGUGAGAGAGUGAGGGAGAUUAAAAAAAAAAAAAAACAAUGUACGUAACGAGACCUCGAUCUCUGUACAAAAGGGAUCCUGAAGCUCUUUCACAUCCACCAGAGGGACCAAAUUUAGGGUACCUAGUCCUCCAAGAUGAAGAAGCUGAGUCAUACUGUUGUUUUGGUUUGUGGAAAAAGGGUGUCUGUGACUUGCCAUUUCCACAGAACAAGAACUUGACAGUGACUUAUACAGUGUACAUUGGAACUUCCUUCGUAGUUUUAUCAGAUGGUGUCAUGUUCAUUCCUGUUCUUAAUGAGCCUCUGUCUUCUAAUCUCUACUACGUCAUUCGAAGGAAAGGGAAGCAUCAAGGUGAAGCAAGCACAGGUUCAAAGGAAGAAGACAUGGGCACAUGUUUCUGCUGCAAUUACGUCAAAGACGUCAAAUCAAGGCCUCUAAAUCCAUCUGAUGAAUAUCAACAAUUUGAGAUUUUGAAAACGUGUUGUGGAUUCCGAGCCAAGUCUAUUGCCUCAGAUGGGUUUGCUCCUCUCUUCUUGAGGAGGAGAGGUUGGUCUCUCUGCACCAAGACACCCCACCAGUAUCAUUUGAGUGAAGCUCUUGGCAUCAACCCUAUCUUGCGAGCCAAGUUCCCACCUUUCACCUUCUCAUCAUCAUUGGAUCACUCCGAGCCUGUGGUUGUCGGAAAAUGGUACUGCCCUUUCAUGUUUGUGAAGGAAGAAGGAAUGCCAGUGAAGGAGCAGAUGAAAGAAUCAGCUUUCUAUGAAAUGACACUUGAAAGAAGGUGGGAUAAAGUUUUCUCAAAGGAAAAUGAUGGAAAUGGCAUUCAAGUGUUUGUGAAUGUUGUGGUGAAAUCUGAAGUUGCAGGGCUGGGAGGUGGAAGAGAAGCUGUUUGGGAAGAAGGAAAAUUUGGUGAAGAGGAGGAUGUGAUGUGGUUCAGGAGUUUGGAGAGAGGAGAGAGAAUGGUAGGGUUAAGCAUGGCUACUGUCGAGAGAAUGAGAUGGGAACAAGAAAGAAGUGACUGGGAGGGAAAGAAUGAGAAGAAGAAACAAGUGGGAUUUGAAAGAACUGAGAAGUUUGAGGGAAUUAAGAGUGAUGAGUGGGAGUUUUUUGGAUUUUAUGUGUUGGUGGAAAGUUUUGUGUUGAGGAGAAUGGAUGGAAGUGUGAUAUUAACUUAUGAUUUCAGGCACACAAAUCAUGUUCAGUGUAAAUGGAAAUGAUUACAUGUUAUUCCCAAAUAAUCGUUUGGUCCAAUACUUAACGAGUCUUCUUUGGUUUGGUUAAUAAAAUGCUGUGUGUUGAAGAAAAUUACGAAUAUCUUUGUAAUUUGUAAUGUGUGUGUGUGUAUAUAUAUUUGUGCUAUCCAUAGUAUUAUUGGUUUGGUUAACUUGUGAUUUCAGGAACACGAAUCAUGUUGUAAAUUAAAGUGAUUACA